CUGGCUCUGUGAAGAUGGCGGACUGUAUACGUGUUCCUCUGCUCCUGCUUCUGAUGUGCAUCUUGUCGGCCGUGCAUCAUAUCCGAGGAGACAACAGUGUUGUCUCUAGACUUACUGGUAAUGCUGAUAACAUGCAGAAUCCCGCCGGUGGUCCGGGGCCGGCUGCGGUCGUCCCGGUAGCCGCUGAGAGGAGCCUGGUUGCUGGGGCCUCGCUGCCUCGGAGGCGCUCUACCGGCUGGAAGUUAUCAGAUGAGGCGGUGUGCAAGGAAGACCUGACCCGGCUUUGCCCUAAACAUUCUUGGAACAACAACCUGGCGGUGCUGGAGUGUCUCCAGGACAAGAAAGAGGAGACUGAGAUUGCUGCCGAAUGCAACCAUCUGCUGUGGAACUACAAGCUGAACCUGACCACCGACCCAAAGUUUGAGUCUGUAGCUGUGGAGGUCUGCAAGACCAUCAUCCCUGAGAUUAAAGAAUGUGCGGCGGAGGAGCUGGGUAAAGGCUUCCUAGUGUCCUGCCUGGUGGAUCAUCGCAGCAACAUCAGCGACUACCAGUGCAACCAGUACAUCACCAAAAUGACCAGCAUCGUCUUCAGCGACUACCGGCUCAUCUGUGGCUUCAUGGACAAGUGCCGCGAAGACAUCAACACACUGCGCUGCGGCAGCAUCAGCAUAGGAGAGAAGGACAUCCACUCUCAAGGUGAGGUGAUCGCCUGUCUGGAGAAAGGUUUGGUACGGGAGGUCGAGGAGCAGGCUGGGGCGCACACCAUCAAGGACGAGUGUAAGAAGGCCAUCAUGAGAGUGGCUGAACUGUCUUCAGAUGACUUCCACCUUGACCGCUACCUCUACUUCUCCUGCCGCGAGGACCGGGAGCGCUUCUGUGAAAAUACACUGGCAGGAGAGGGACGAGUUUACAAAUGCCUCUUCAAUCACAAGUUUGAGGAGGCAAUGACUGAGAGGUGCCGUGAGGCGUUGACCACCAGGCAGAAGCUGAUUGCUCAGGACUACAAGGUGAGCUACUCGCUGGCCAAAGCCUGCAAGUCAGACCUGAGGAAGUACCGCUGCAGCGUGGACACCAACAUGCCCCGAGCUCGAGAAGCUCGCCUGUCCUACCUGCUUCUCUGUCUGGAGUCCGCUGUGCAUCGAGGUCGCGUGGUCAGCGGCGAGUGUCAGGGAGAGAUGAUGGACUACAGGCGGAUGCUGAUGGAGGAUUUUUCUCUGAGCCCGGAGAUAGUGCUGCAGUGUCGCAGUGAGAUCGAGGGUCACUGCUCCGGUCUGCACCGAAAAGGACGAACACUGCACUGCCUGAUGAGGGUCGGUCGAGGAGACAUGGGAGCCAUCGACCCCAACUGUCAGAGGGCGCUCCAGACUCUGAUUCAGGAAGCCGAUCCAGGAGCCGACUACCGCAUCGAUCGAGCAUUGAACGAGGCGUGUGAGUCGGUCAUCCAGACUGCCUGCAAACACAUCCGCAAUGGAGACCCCAUGAUCCUAUCAUGUCUGAUGGAGCAUCUGUACACUGAGAAGAUGGUAGAGGACUGUGAACACAGACUGCUCGAGCUGCAGUACUUUAUCGCCAGAGACUGGAAGCUGGAUCCCAUCCUGUAUAAGAAAUGCCAGGGUGAUGCAGCUCGGCUCUGCCACACUCACGGCUGGAACGAGACCAGCGAGAUGAUGCCACCGGGUGCCAUUUUCUCCUGCUUGUACCGUCACGCUUACCGCUCUGUGGAGCAGGGGCGAAGGCUCUCUCGGGACUGUAAGGUGGAGGUGCAGAGGAUUCUCCACCAGAGAGCACUGGAUGUGAAGCUGGACCCUGAGCUGCAGAAACGCUGUUUGACCGACUUGGGGAAGUGGUGUAGCGAGAAGACUGAGGCAGGACAGGAGCUUGAGUGCCUGCAGGACCAUCUAGAGGACCUGGUGUCCGACUGCCGAGAUGUGGUGGGAAACCUGACAGAGCUGGAGUCUGAGGAUAUUCAGAUCGAGGCACUGCUUAUGAGAGCCUGUGAACCCGUCAUCCAGGCCCACUGCCACGAGGUAGCUGAUAAUCAGAUCGACACUGGUGAUCUGAUGGAGUGCUUGGUUCAGAACAAACACCAAAAGGAGAUGAAUGAGAAGUGUGCGGUGGGAGUUACACACUUCCAGCUGAUUCAGAUCAAGGAUUUCCGUUUUUCCUAUAAAUUCAAAACCGCCUGCAAGGAGGAUGUCCUCAAACUGUGUCCCAACAUCAAAAAGAAGGUGGACGUAGUGAUCUGCCUCAGCACCACAGUGAGGAACGACACGCUGCAGGAGGCCAAGGAGCAGCGGGUGUCUGUCAAAUGUCGUAAACAGCUCCGGGUGGAGGAGGUAGAAAUGUCGGAGGACAUCCGUCUGGAGCCAGAGCUUUACGACUCCUGUAAGCAGGACAUCACCAGACUGUGUCAGAAUGUGGCUUACGGCAACGCACAGGUCAUUGAGUGUCUGAAAGAGAACAAGCGUCAGUUGACUUCUCGCUGCCACCAGCGGAUAUUCAAGCUGCAGGAGGUGGAGAUGGUCGAUCCUGAACUGGACUACCAGCUGAUGAGAGUCUGCAAGCAUAUGAUCAGGCGGUUCUGUACAGAGUCAGAGGGGAAGAACGUUCUUCAGUGUCUGAAACAGAACAAGAACAGUGAGCUCAUGGAUCCUAAAUGUAAACAGAUGAUCACGAAGAGACAGAUCACCCAGAACACAGACUACAGGCUGAACCCGGUGCUGAGGAAAGCCUGUAAAGCCGACAUCCCAAAGUUCUGUCAGCCCAUCCUGAACAAAGCAACUGCAGACAGCGAGCUGGAGGGUCAGGUCAUCUCCUGCCUCAAACUCAAAUAUGCCGACCAGCGUUUGUCUACAGACUGUGAGGAUCAGAUCAGGGUCAUCCUGCAGGAGUCAGCGCUGGACUACAGACUGGACCUUCAGCUGCAGAUCCAUUGCACACAGGAGAUCUCCAGUCUGUGUCCGGAGGAGGCGGCAGCUCAGGAGCAGACGGGACAGGUGGAGGAGUGUCUCAAGGUCAACCUACUAAAGAUCAAACAGGACCCAUGUAAGAAGGAGGUGUUGAACAUGCUGAAGGAAAGUAAAGCGGACAUCUUCGUGGACCCUGUCCUCCACACAGCCUGCGCUCUGGACAUCAAGCACCACUGUGCCGCCAUCCCACCUGGCAGGGGGCGCCAGAUGUCUUGUCUCAUGGAGUCGCUGCAGGACAAACGCAUUCGUCUGCAGCCAGAAUGCAAGAAGAGACUUCAGGAUCGCAUAGACAUGUGGAGCUACGCCGCCAAGGUGGCUCCCGCUGAGGGUUUCUCAGACCUGGCCAUGCAGGUCAUGACAUCACCGUCCAAGAACUACAUCCUGACUGUGACUGGUGCAGGUGUUGCACUGCUCUUCCUGAUGGGGCUGCUCUGCGGCCGAUUCACUAAGCGUGUCACUCAGGAGCUGAAGGACAGGUAGACCACGCCAACUCUGGGGUCUGGACACACCCACAGGAGAAACGACCACAGCUGAAAUAGGACCACCCCUCCCCAUCAUUUAACCCCCCUGACAGCCACAGAUACUCCAUCUGCUUCUCCAUUUUGCACCCCUGUUUCAUUUCAACUCACUUCCUGCUCUUCUUGAGUGACAUCAUGACAGUCUCGCAAAUGAAAGUGAAAGACCACAUCCAUAUGGAUUAUUCUUCAGAUCUUUUUCAAUACAGAGCGCUGGGUCAUCCUGCUGUUUUAAAUGCGCUCACCCGAUGUAGAUGCAGUAUUACUUGACUAUUUUUUUUGUCUUCCUCCCCCUGUCCCCAUUACCAUGGUGGGAGGGGUGGGGUUAG